GGUUUGCUUAUAAUAGGAAACCCCAACCUGGCAAUUCAAGGACACUGGCAUAGUGCCAUUUGGACAUCCUAUUCCUAUAUUUGAGCCUGUCAAAGGAUUCAACACAUAAUCCGGGCGAGCAAUCCUCCCUUCCAUCGCUGCCCCAUUUGGUGCAAUUUUCACCGGCAUUGAUUCUUGAUGAUCAUCAAGGCCAUCUCCUUUGUGGAUGGAAUCUCUUCUUCUUUUCUUUCCAGAUAGAGGGAGAGACAGAUUAACAGACAAAUAAAGGAUGUUGCAGAGAGCUGCAAGCAAUGCAUAUUCAUGGUGGUGGGCAAGCCACAUCAGGACAAAGCAGUCAAAAUGGCUGGAACAGAACCUUCAAGAUAUGGAGGAGAAGGUCACUGAUAUGCUCACAAUCAUUGAUGAUGAUGGAGACUCCUUUGCGCAGAGGGCAGAAAUGUAUUACAAGAAGAGACCAGAACUUGUAAGCAUUGUUGAAGAAUCUUAUCGAGCAUACCGAGCGUUAGCUGAAAGAUUUGAUCACUUAUCAAAAGACCUGCAAAGUGCCAAUCGCACCAUUGCUUCUGUCUUCCCUGAGCAAGUUCCAUUUGCCAUGGAUGAAGAAGAUGACGAAAAUGUUAGCCAAACAUCAACUUCUUCCCCUAGUCCUAACGAACCAUGUGUCUCAAAACAAAGCAUCUUAAAAGCCCCAUUUCCAAAGAAAGAUUUGAGGAGCCAGUCUAUGUUUUUGUCAAGAAAGGGACAACUGAAAAGAUUUCCAAGUUCAGGGCUGAGCAAAGAUGAGGCACUAGAUGAAAUGGACAAGCUUCUGAAGGAAAUUUUAGAGAUGCAAACUGAAAGGGAGUAUAUGAAGAGUUCAUAUGAGCAUGGAUAUAAAAAAUUCUGUGAGAUAGAAAACCAUAUAACUGAAAAGCAAACGAGAGUAUGCCAUUUACAGGAUGAGUUUGGCAUUGACUCCGUUAUUGAUGAUAACGAAGCUCAGACUCUGAUGGCAACUAGAGCUCUUAAAUCAUGCCAAGAGUCCUUGGAUAAGUUGAAAGAAAGACAUGAGCAGUCAACUGAAGAGGCAAGAGUAGAAUCCAGAAGGAUUAAGCAUGUGAAUCAGAAGUUUGAAGCUCUCAGGAAUAAAUUUAAUUCCCCACAAACAAAUCAGCAAGAGAAGCAUACGUACGUUAGUCCAACUACGGAGAUUGAUGACAUGGUCUACGAAAUUGACAAUGAGGAAAAAGAGAAACAAGAUUUGGAAGUGUUGCAAAAGAAGAUGAAAGAGCAGCUUGAAGUAGACUCAAAUGCAUCUCUUACAAUGGCACAGCUUGCAGAGAAAAUUGAUGACCUUGUGCAAAGAGUUAUUAGUUUGGAAAUUGCAGUCUUUUCUGAAAAUGCUUUAGUUAAUAGAUUAAAAUCAGAUGCAGAUGAGCUUCAGGCGCACGUUAAAAGCCUGGAAGAAGAUAAGGAAGCUCUGAUUGAAGGCUCAGACGUCAUGAACAAGAGGAUCAAUGAGUUGGAAGGGGAAUUAAGUAGAGUUAAAGAUCUUGUAAAAACGGUUAUAGACCAAAAUAACAGUCUCAAAAUUUCUUUCACUGAAGCAAUUUGUAAUAUUAAUCAUUUAUCCGUGAAGUUACAAGCUGUGAAGAUGGAUGAGGAGGUUGAGAAUGCAGGACUCUCCCAAGAAGUAAAAACUGGAUCGGAUGCCAAAGCUGACAGGGGGACGGAGGAACACAAAAUUGAGUUGGCUCCUGAUGAUAGUUCAGCCUUAAAAGACACAGCAAUUAAAUUGGAAGGGAAGGACAAAGAUGUUUCAGCUGAUGGAGAAAGCUAUGUUGAUUCUGAAUCAAGCAAUAAGUUUGAUGUUGAUUCGAAAAAGGGUCUGGAACUGGUGGAAGAAGACAAAGCUGAGAAGAAAUAUUUGUCUGAGACCGCAAGCAGUAUCCCUGACACUGACACUGAGGAAGUAGAGACUGAUGAAGAAGAGCAGCCAAACUGGAGGCAACUGUACUUGAAUGGACUGGACGACCGAGAAAAGAUUUUACUAGACGAGUACUCUUCUGUUCUUUGGAAUUAUAAGGAGGUAAGAAAGAAGCUUAACGAAGUAGAUAAGAAAAACCGCGACGGUUUCUUUGAAUUGGCAUUGCAGAUAAGGGAACUGAAGAAUGCUGUCGCCGCCAGAGAUGGAGAGAUUCAAUCUUUACGUCGAAAAAUGAGCUUUGUAGAUGAAAAUAAGGAUGGGAACUCGGUAGAGCUUGAAGGACCCCGUCUAAGCGCUAGCCAGGAAUCUACCUUGACCGAAUCCAUUCAGACAUCGCCAGUAGAUCAGGGGAAAGUUGAAUCCAAUGAAGUAAUCGAACUCAAAGAAUCUCCCAAGGAUGGGAACUUGGUAGAACUUGAAGGACCCUGUCGAAGCGCAGGCCAGGAACCUACCUUGACCGAAUCCAUUCAGACGUCGCCAGUAGGUCGGGGGAAAGUUGAAUCCAACGAAAAAGUAGUCGAACCAACUGCACAUGGAAGAUUCAAAGAACCUCCCAAGAAAAUGGGAGAAAAUGUUAUGCAGGUAAAACCUGUAAGUCAAUCCCCUUCUGUAUUAACCGUAGAAGAUAAAAUACGUUCAGGUAUCGAUAACUUGCUGGAGGAAAAUCUAGAGUUCUGGUUGAGGUUCAGCACAUGUUUUCAUCAGAUACAAAAAUAUCAAACUUCAGUCCAGGACUUGAAAGCAGAGUUGUCAACAUUGAGAGAAAAAAAGAACCAAGAAGGAAGUGGAAAGCGGCAAUCUCUCAAAUCAGAAGCACGCCCCAUUUAUUCUCACUUCAGAGAAAUAGAAACAGAAUUAACAUUAUGGCUGGAAAACAAUGCAGUGUUGACAGACGAAGUGCAAGGUAGAUAUUCUUCCUUGUGCAACAUCCAAGAAGAGAUAGCAAGAGUGACCAAUGCCAGUGGCCACGCAGGACAGACAGAGCUCAGUGAAUAUCAGGCUGCAAAGUUUCAAGGUGAGGUUCUCAACAUGAAACAGGAAAACAGAAAGGUUGCUAAUGAAUUGAAAGCAGGCUUCGCUCGUGUGACACAACUCAAGCAGGAAGUUGAGGAAGUAAUGAAGAAUUUAGAAAAGGAACUUGGGGAGUCAGCAUCGACGACUCAACAAUCCGGGUCGAGAACAGGGCGGCCUAGAAUUCCUCUGCGAUUUUUCUUAUUUGGAAUCAAGUUAAAGAACAAGAGGCAGUCAAAGGGACCAUCAAUGUUUGCAUGCGGGCAUCCAACAUUGCAGAGACAGCACAGUUUCCUUACAGAACCUACUGAGUCUGAGCCCUCAGGAUAGACUCCUGUCUCUUGCAGCUCCCUUCGUAAUUUUCACAGACACCGUUAUGGAAGAUUUCUCAUUUCUUUUCUCACUUUAAUUCUAGUAGGUUAAACACUUUCUGCA